AUUUGCGAUGGCUUCCCGUAACAAGUAGUACUGUUUGUUUACAUUGGUCUAACAGUUUUUCUAUUACUUAGCAUUGUUAUUGCUCAAUGGUUUGAAAAUUUACUGCUUCCAAAAUGUAUAUCAAACAGGUUAUUAUUCAAGGCUUCCGAAGUUAUCGAGAUCAAACUGUUGUAGAGCCAUUCAGUCCUAAACAUAAUGUUAUUGUUGGAAGAAAUGGCUCAGGCAAAAGUAAUUUCUUUUAUGCCAUACAGUUUGUGUUGUCUGAUGAGUUCAGUCACAUGAGACCAGACCAACGCCAGGCUCUGUUGCAUGAAGGCACAGGCCCAAGAGUAAUCAGUGCUUUUGUGGAAAUUAUCUUUGACAACUCAGAUAACAGAAUUCCGAUUGAAAAGGAUGAAGUUGUCCUGAGGCGUGUUAUCGGUUCAAAGAAAGAUCAGUAUUUCUUAGACAAAAAAAUGGUUACUAAAUCUGAUGUCAUGAAUCUGCUUGAGAGUGCUGGAUUUUCUCGUAGUAAUCCAUACUACAUUGUCAAGCAAGGAAAGAUCAAUCAAAUGGCUACUGCUCCAGAUUCUCAACGACUCAAACUUCUAAGAGAAGUAGCUGGUACCAAAGUGUAUGAUGAGCGUAAAGAAGAAAGUAAUGGGAUAUUGACUGAAACAGAUGGGAAAAGAGAGAAAAUAAAUGAUCUUCUGAAGUACAUUGAAGAAAGACUAAACACAUUAGAAGGUGAAAAGGAAGAACUUAAAGAAUAUCAGAAGUGGGAUAAAAUGAGGAGAUCAUUAGAAUACACAAUUCAUGAUCAUGAGCUUAAAGACACUCGCAAGAAAUUAGAUGAGCUACAAUCUAAACGAGACAAUAGUGGGGCUAACUCUACAGCCUUGCGUGAUGAAUUAACUGCAGCAAACGAUAAAGUCAAAACCAUCAACAAAGAUUUGAAAGAGCUAAAAGCCAGAAUGCAGGCAUCACUUGAGGAAAAGGAAAGUCUGUCUGCAGAAUACCAUGAACUGACCAAGAAAAACUCUAAGCUAGAGUUGAGCAUCAGAGACAUAGUUGAAGAUCAAAGAGGAAAUCAAAACACCAAGGCGAAAACAGAAGCAGAAUUGGCAAAAGUCAAUGAAAAAAUUAAAAAUACCCAAGCACAGUAUGAUUUGAUUUGCCAAGAGUAUCAAAACAAACUUGAUAAUGAAGAAAUGUGUUCUACAAGACUUGCAGAAGCAGAUCAGAAAAGGAAAGAACUUUAUGCCAAGCAAGGCAGGGGAAGUCACUUUCAGUCUCGUGAAGACAGAGAUAAUUGGAUUAAAAAAGAACUGAAGUCUUUGAAUAAAGCAAUUAAAGAUAAGGAAGAGCAGAUAAGUAGAUUGCGAGAUGCUCAGCAGCAAGGUCAAGGCCAAACAGCAAAUCUCCAAAGAGAGAUCGGCGAACUUGAAAAGGACUUGGAAAACAGAAAGCAGGGUAUUGAGGAAAAUAAUCGUAAAUUUGCUGAAAUGAAGGCAGAUAAGGACACACAACAAAACACCAGGAACACUCUGUGGCGCCAAGAAAACUCCCUUCAGCAGCAGCUAACUACUACAACAGAAGAACUGAACAAAAGACUGCAGGGUCUGCGUUCUUUAACUGGGAAGGGUAUGCUGAAUGGCAUCGACAGUAUACAAAAAGUUCUUCAAUCAUUUAGGGAACAAAAUAAAUACCCAGAAGUCAUUGAUGGUUAUCAUGGUUUACUAAUUGAAGCCUUUGAGUGUGAGAAAGUCUACUACACUUGUGUUGAAGUUACAGCUGGUUCCCGGCUGUUCCACCACAUUGUUGAUACAGAUCGCACUGGUACCAUACUGCUGAAAGAAAUGAAUAGGCUCCAUUUACCUGGUGAGGUGACGUUCAUGCCCUUAAACAGGCUGGAGAAUAGAGACACCCCUUACCCAGAUACUUCAGAUGCAGUGGCCAUGAUAAAAAAACUUCAGUUUGACAGAAUGUUUGACCCAGCAAUGAAACACGUGUUUGGUAAAACUUUGAUAGCCAGAAACAUGGAAGUUGCCACUCAGUUUGCCAGAACACAAAACCUUGACUGCAUCACCUUAGAAGGUGACCAAGUUAGCCGCAGAGGAGCACUAACAGGAGGCUAUUAUGACACAAGGCGGUCGAGGCUUGACCUGCAAAAAAGUAAAAUGGAAUUAACAGAGGCGAAGCAGGCCCAAGAAAUGGAGUAUCAGAGUCACAGGGUGGAGCUGGAGAAGGUGGAGCAGUAUAUAACCAACCUGUUGUCUGAGAUGCAAAAACUAGAGACUAAAAACAGCAAAAACAAAGAUGCAUAUGAAAAAGUUCAAGCAGAUCUGAGAUUAAAGAAAGAGGAGUUAUCCAGUUUACAAAACACACAGCCUUCAAGGGGCAAGAGUGUUGCUAGUCUGGAGUCUAGUUUACAAGCAAUGAAAGGCCAGGCAGAAGCACUAAAAGAAGAGCUGGGUACAGAACUGCAAUCACAACUGAGUGUUGAAGACCAGCGACAAGUUGACUUUCUCAAUGAUCAAAUUAAUAAACUCACCCAAGAGAACAGGCAAGCUUGGCAGGAGAGAAUUAAGCUUGAGACAGAGAAAAAUAAAUUAGAAAAUAUUCUCAACAACAACCUGACAAAGAAACGAGAAAGACUUCAACAGGAUUUAAGGGAAGUAAGCUUAGAGGAGCAAGACAAACGGUUAAGUGGAUACAAAGCUGAAAAAAUUGAAGUGGAAAAACGUGUAGCAGAGCUUGAAGCACAAACUACUGAAACUGACAGUAGCAUAGAAAAGUUAAAUAAAGAACAGAAACAGUUACAAACGCAAUUAGAGUUAUGGAGGGGUAAGGAACGAGAUAUUCAAGAAAAAAUUGGAGAAGAUGCCAAAGAAUUAGAUAAAAUAUCACAAAAACAAAGUUUACUUAUUAAAAAGAAAGAAGAUUGUAUGAAAAAGAUUCGUGAAUUAGGCUCACUUCCAUCAGAUGCAUUUGAAAAAUAUCAAAAUAUGAAUUUAAAGCAGUUAUUCAAGAAGCUAGAAAGUUGUAACCAACAGUUGAAACGCUACAGCCAUGUCAACAAAAAAGCUUUGGAUCAAUUUGUCAAUUUCUCUGACCAAAAGGAGAAGCUUAUGAAAAGAAAAGAGGAACUGGACAGUGCUCAGCAGUCUAUAAUAGAUUUGAUGAAUGCCCUUGACCACAGAAAAUAUGAAGCCAUUCAGUUGACCUUUAAACAGGUAUCUCGAUACUUCAGUGAAAUCUUUAAGAAACUGGUACCACAAGGUCAUGGUGUUCUGGUCAUGAAAAAAGGCGAAGUUGAAGGAGAUGGUGCUGAAGCUGACAUCCCCUUGGUAGAACAGUUUACAGGAGUUGGAAUUAAGGUUUCAUUUACCGGAAAUAAAGCCGAAAUGCGAGACAUGCAACAGCUUUCUGGCGGUCAGAAGUCCCUGGUUGCCCUGACCUUGAUCUUUGCCAUUCAGAAAUGU